UGUUUUUUAAAUUGGCAUAUCAGUUCAGUUGCAUAAGAUAAACACAUCAAUUUCCAUUAAACAUAUCUGCAACAGCUCAUAAGGCAUGAAGAUAGUUCAUUUGGUGGAAAGACUGCCUGACCACACUUGUUAUUGUCUCAAAAAAGUAUUCAGGCUUCGGUGAUAAGAUUUGACAGAUUGUGAACACUAUCACUUAAGUGUUACUGCAUUCUAGAAACAGUAACAUGAAAAGCCAACAGAGAACAUCCAGAAUAGAUUUCAACUUCACACACAGUCAUUUGACUUCAUAAGCCUGUUUCUUCAAUUCCGGUCUUGCCAUGCAAUGAGGAACUGACUAAACAGAAUCGGUUCAAAAGGUUCAAAAGCUGGCAUAGAGAGUACCCUACAUUUGCAAUAGUGAAAUGUAUUUUUGUGGAAUAUGGUAUGACUCUGGUAUUUAUUUACCUUGUCGUUUGUGAGAGGAUAUUUAUGUGUUGUGUUUUAAUGUUGGGGUUGUGUUUUAUUUUUCUUUGUAAAAUACAGUCACAGUUGUAACAGUCCUAACUGCAAGGCAGGUUUUAUAGAUGCAUCUCUUGCUUAUGGUGUGCUGUGUUGUGGUUAAGGUGCUGUACUUUCUGCUGUUCACAAGGUUGUGUGUUGUACAAACAUGUCAAAAUGGUUUCUGUUACAGCAGCUAUUUGUAACAAGCAAAAGACAAGAACCUGAACGUAUGUAGUGUGACGAGUCUUACUGUAUGUAUAACACAACAGGAUAUUUUUUUUCUCUGCUGUCAAAGGAUUUAAUCGGUUGAAUAAUGAUGGAAUUAUCAAGAGUACUUUUUGGGGGAAAAAAACACUUAUGUUAUGAAAGUGUUACAAUGUUUGUGCAAAAAUGUAAGCAUAUUUUCAUACAGAGAGUUACAUCCAGGGAGCUCCCUGCAAACUAGGUCAUACGGACCAUGCUGAAUGAAAUAAAACCACUACCUUCCUCAGCAGGCCUGUUCUACUACAUCCGUUCUCAUGAAAUGUCACACACUCUAUACUGUAUAUGACACAACAUAAUACAAUGGGCAAGUACUUGCCAGCAAUGAGACAUUCAUGCUCCUGCUAACGACAGUACAUCACAAAGGAACCAUAUAGAAAGUUUGCUGCCAUCAUCUGUGCCUCCUCAGUCUUGACUGCUUGACUGGUGUUUUCCCUUCUGUACUUCUUAAGUCCACCCUCCUGCCACACCUCUUCCCUUUCUCUCCCUCUCUCACUCUUCCACUCUCCCUCUCUCCACUGCUUUUCCAUCCCUCCCUCUCACUUGCCUUCCAUCGUUGCUGUCAGCCUGAGCUAUGGGGCUCUGGGUUUGUAUCAUAUGUUAGAUAAUCCCUCACUGCUUGCCUGACCCCGCACUGGGACUCUCUCUGCCUUGUGCUCGCUCAAGUUGCUCUCGGCGAGUUCAGCGGCCAUGGCGGACUCCCCCCUGAACAACUCCUGGCCCUCUUUCUCCAAGCUCUGGAUGAAACGAUGGUCCUUCAAAAGAGGGUCAGAAGGUAAGCCAUGUGCCCCACCUGCAACCCUGGGCUCGGGGACAGAGUCUUCCUCUUCCCUCUCUCCUUCAUCCGUCGCAGAGGAUGUUUUCUUCACUAGCCUGACAGAGGAGCAGAGUCCCAGCUCAACAGAGAGUGACUAUGAGAACCCAGGGCAGGACGUGGACAGCAGCACAGAGGACCUCCUCAAUCUCGACGCGUCUCUAAGAGACUCUGAGUUCUUCAGGGACCUUCAGCCCGAGCCUGUGACCAGCCAGACGCCGCCCACAGCUCUGUCCAUCGUCAUCACCCCCGUAGGCGAGCACACGCUCAGCCCGACACUGCACGUGUACCAGAUAGUAGAUCAGGGCUCUCAUACGACAGACCCUGCAGUGUCCAGCUACAGCCAGCUCCCCUGGAAGUUCAGCAGCAGAAUGGAGCCACAGCACAGCGACUCGGAGCAGCCCACCGUCACGGUCAACACCACAGUGCAGCUGGGGGACCCCGAGGCUCGUGAGGCUCCUGAGGCCCCUGAGCCCCAGGACUGCUCAGACUCAGACAACAUCCCCAUGCUGGUGCGCUCCAUGUCCACGUCCCGCAGACACAGCUGGGAUAUGCCGAUUUCCCCCAUAGACUUCGGCAGAAGACUUAGUCUCGACACCGCCGGAAUAGACAGUGAUGCGGAAAGAGAAGAGUCAACACACCAGCAGCUAUUUGUUUACCCAGAAUGCUCUGAGGACAACGUUGGAAAUGACGCUGAAUUUCAAACGGAAUCUGACAGUACUGGGAGGACCCUGUGUGCAAAAUCUGACAUGCUGGCAUCAGAUGAGAGGUCUAGGGCAGCACGUGUGUCCCGAAUCCUGGAAACUUCAAGCCAGGCUGCCAAGGCCUCUGGAGAGGAGCAGGACUUAGAGGACCGUCUCCAGUCUGAAGAGGGACAAAGUCAUCUGCUGAUGGUACAGAAAGUUCUCCAAGAGCUUAAGCAGUACCAUGGUGCCAAGUCCAAGAAUAGGAGCUCUGACCAGAAACAGUGUGGAAGUGUCACCUGGUAUGAAUUCCUCUCAAAUGAACCUGAAGAGGAAGAAGAAAAGACCGAGAAAUCCGAGAAGGGUACAAAAGUCAAGCGGACACUGAGCUCGCUGAGGAACCGAGUGACCGGCUCCUUCAACAAAGACAAGGGUAAGAAUCGGGAGAAAGAGAGAGAGCAGCAGAAAGAGAGGGGGAAAGAGAGGGAAAAAGACAGAGAAGAGAAAGAAAGGGGGAAAGGGCGCCGAGGCAGCACUAGUGGCCACCAGCUUGUGCCUGGCUCUUUCUCCAACUGGGCCACCUGCUCACUGUGCAGCAAGACUCUGCAGGGGAAGCAUGGCAUGCAGUGUCUGAACUGUGCUGUGAACGUCCACAAGAGCUGCAAGAGUCUGCUGGCAGAGUGUAGCAGCAAUAAACACAAGUUCAGGGAAUCUGUGAAGACCAGUGGCUCAGCACAAACCAUCAAGGACCAGCCCUGCUCCGGGACCGCAUCCCACCAGCACCACCACCACCACCACCACCAGCCGUCUCCCCAGCAGCAGCAGACGACGACGACUCUGCAUCCCUGGGCCGCCGAUGGCUCCUGCCGGCCUCCACGCGCCCCAGGCAUGACCAUCACCCCGCGAGGACCGAGCGCCACUGCCAGCAACUCCUCCCUCAGCCACUGCAGCAGCUCAGGAUCUCUUCCAGGAGAGAUGGAUGAAACGGAAGGCAGAAUUAAGCGAUUCGCCGAGGACGCAGUGUCCCUGGCCCCCUCCACCACCGAGUCCAUCAUCGUAGACGAAGACUACUUUGCUGGGGUGCGACUGGACCUGGAGGCUGACGCACAGGACUAUGAGCUGGAGUCGUGGAGCCGGGCCAUGGAUCAGCAGUAUCUCAAGACCCAUUCCAAAGAGGCUAUCAAACGGCAGGAUGUCAUAUAUGAGCUGAUCCAGACAGAGGUGCACCACGUACGGACGCUGAAGACGAUGCUGCGUGUGUACCUGCACGAGCUGAGGGACGCACUGCAUUCACAGGAGCGCCGUCUCUUCCCUCGACUGGAAGGGCUGCUGGAGCUGCACACGCACUUCCUGUCCCGCCUCAAGGAGCGCCGCAGCCAAUCGCUGCAGCCAGGCAGCGACCUAAACUACACCAUAGCCCGACUGGGAGACAUCCUCGUGUCUCAGUUUUCUGGUGAGAGUGGGGAGAGGAUGAAGGAGUGCUACGGUGAUUUCUGCAGCCACCACAGCGAGGCCGUCAGCUUCUACAAAGAGCAGCUGCAGAGCAACAAGAAGUUCCAGAACCAGAUACGGAAAAUUGGAAACUUGUCCAUCGUCCGUCGGUUAGGAGUCCCAGAAUGCAUCCUGCUGGUCACACAGCGGAUCACUAAAUACCCAGUACUGGUGGAGCGCAUUCUGCAAAACACAGAAGCGAGCACUGAGGAGCACGAGGAGCUGACGCGGGCCCUGGGCCUGAUCAAGGAGGUGAUCACGCAAGUGGACACGCAGGUCAGCGACUACGAGAAGGCGUCACGGCUGCGGGACAUUGCCACCAAACUGGAGCCCAAGUCACACGGCAAGAUCAAAGAUGGGCGCGUGUUUCGCCGUGAGGACCUGUGCCAAGGCCGCCGCAGGCUCCUGCAUGAGGCCACCGUCAACUGGAAGGCUGCCUCUGGGAGGCUUAAAGACAUUUUGGCAGUCCUGUUGACAGAUGUCUUGUUACUGCUACAAGAGAAGGACCAGAGAUUUGUCUUCUCCACUGUGGACAACAAGCCGUCGGUGAUCUCACUGCAGAAGCUGAUUGUGCGGGAGGUGGCGCACGAGGAGAAGGCCAUGUUCCUCAUCUGCGCCUCCUCCAAUGAGCCCGAGAUGUACGAGAUCCACACCGCCUCCAAAGAGGAGCGCAACACCUGGAUGACUCACAUCAGACAGGCUGUGGAGAGUUGCCCUACCACCGAGGAGCGUCUCUUCAGCGAGGAAGAGGAGGCCCGAGCUGUCAGAUUCAAAGAGUUCCAAGAGCGUCUGAACGCUAAAGACUCACAGAUCAGCCAGAUCCUGACGGAGAAGCUGGAGCUGUUUGCGGACAUGGCCGCGUCAGUGGGAACUGUGGAGGACGCUGGCUCGCGCUCCCGCCUGCUGCUGCGCGGCGAUACCUCCGACCUCCAGCAGGGGGAGCAGCUGCUCAAGGGAGCAAUCACUGAAGUGGAGAACCUGCAGAACCUGCUGCUGUCCCGCGUGAGAGAACCUGCUCCACGGUCAGAAGAGAGCCAGAGCUCGGGCGUCCUCCCCAAGAGGGCGGACACGUUUGGGGGCUACGACAGCAGCCCCACCAUCCUGCAGAAGAACGGCAGCGUGAAGAAGACCAGUGGAGGCCUGAAGUCCAGAGAAAGGAGUCAGAGGGCCAGCUCUGACCCCCUGCUCAAGGAGCUCUGUGGCAGCCAGGGCCUGGAGGAGUCUUCUCCCCCCCUCUCACAGGUAGAUGGGUCCUCUCCAGCCAGCUGGAACCCAUCGUGGACCAGCUCCUUUCCCGAGGCUGAGCAUGAUGCCUCUUCAUCUCUCUUGCAGCAGUUCCUCCACAAAGUGCUUCAUCUGUCCCAGAGGCUAUACAGUCUGCAGGCGAUCGUGGCGCAGCAGGACAGCCACCUGGAGCUGCAGCGGGCCUCGCUGAGCGAGCGCGAGCGCCCCGGGGGCGGGCGCCACCGCCUGGUCAACGUCCUGCUGGAGCAGGAGAAGCAGCGCAACCUGGAGAAGCAGCGCGAGGAGCUGGCCCACUUCCACAAGCUGCAGAGCCAGCACCGCAAGGAGCAGGCCAGCUGGGAGCGAGAGCGCGAGCGGCACCGGCGCCGCGAGGCUGACGCCGAGGCGCGGCUGCAGCGCCGUGAGGACGAGUGCCGGCGGCUAGAGGCGCGGCUGGCCGAGGAGCGCGAGGAGCUGGAGCGUCAGCGCCAGACCUACCAGGAGGACCUGGAGCGCCUGCGCGAGUCCACGCGCGCCGUCGAGCGCGAGAAGGAGCGCCUAGAGCAGCAGAAGAAGCUCAAGAAGCACAACACGCUGCCCAGCGUGCCCAGCGCCGGCCUGUUCGCCGGACAGGAGACAGGACAGCACCUCCCGCUGUCGUCCAGCUUUAACGGGGAGCUGCUGCUAGGCCUGGGGACGACAGUGGACCCGGCACUGCCGCCCAAGCCCCUGGUGCGCUCCAGCCUGUCCAUCUCCCCGGCCGACUACCCUGAGCGGCCCGAGCUGAAGCCGACGACGGCGGGCAAAAGCUCGGAGGUGCCCAUCCACUUGAUCAGCACCACCAACCAGCUGCACAAGCAGGGCGCCGUCCAGCAGCAGAUCCCCACCAAGCUGGCCGCCCUCAGCAAGGGCAAGGAGAAGGGAGGCAAGAGCAAGGGCUCGCACCGCACCGAGAGCUCAGCCUCCGUGGACAUGAAGCAGAUGCUGCCCCUGAAGCUCUCCGCGCGGGACGAUGGCUCUCUGAGAGCCAAGCGCUCCAUCAGCCCCUGCCACCAGAUCCACAUCCAGCCUCCAGAACCAGUGAACCCUCCAGAAGUCUACUAUGAGCCCCCACCGCCUCCCCCACAGCCGAUCCACCCCAGCAUCACACACAGACCCCCCAGCCAACUGCAGAAUCUGCCCCCACCCCCAUACAAAAUCACGGAGGAUGUCACCAAGGAGGAUGUCAUUUUCUUCUGAGGAUCCUGCAAGCCUCGUGCUUGUUGCAAUGCAUCCUGGGACCAAAGGGAGGCCCGGAGCCGUGUAAAGCACACAAGCACAUGCAACAUUUCUUUUAAGAACAACUUUUUUUUUUUUUAACUAGAGUUUUAUUCCUCCCCCAACUAAUGCCACAAACCAGACUUUGGGAAAAAAAAGAACAUUUUAAAAUCAAACGUUGAAUUUUGUGUGAAGACGAUGCAGGAAGAAAAAGAGAAACAUUUUUAGAUGUAGAUGUUUAAUAAGAGAUGAUGUCUGGCAGAAUCCAAAGACUUAAAAAAAAAAAAAAAGUGAUGAAGGAACAACAAAAAAGGAAGGCAAGCCUGAGGAGGAGGAGGAGGAUGACUACCACGAUGAUGAAGGUGCAGGGUGAUGAAGGAAGACUGUCAUUGUGAGCAGGUGUUACUUGAGUUUGAGUGUGACAAGAGUGUUUCAGAGGAAGGUGAGAGGGAGGAGUGAACCUCCGUAAUGGGUGACUUUACCUCACGCCAUUGAGGUGGAAGCUUUGCACUCUGCAAAAUAGUAAUUUAAUGGCACAUAUGGUGUCCUUAUUCAUUUGUUUCUUUCUGUCUACUUUUGUUUUGUUUUUUAAGCUGGGCCGUGUACAAUGCCAAUCAAAGCUUAAAAGCAGCUGUGUCGCUCUGCUGUUUAAAAAAAAAAAGGAGGAAAAAAAGUACACUGAAGUUAAGAAUGAAGUAUUUUCGAGGUUUUAAUUCGCUGAACACUGUGGAGCUUUCUUUGCACACCACAGCAUGCUGUUUUAUGCAUUUCAAUUCCACUGCUGGAAAUUCUACAGCAGCCACUCGCCCUAUGGAGCCUGUUGGAUUUUGUUUUCUCUCUUCAAGGAGCAUCUUUUCUCUGUGAAAUAUACAUCCGUUUUGUGAAUGGCUCAUUUGAUCAUGAUGGUGAUCAGUGGUUUGUCUUCAGUGGUCACACAUUUCAAACAAAGGCUUGAGGUAUGAAAGAUGGUUAACGUGAUGGUUUAAUUAACGUCAUAAUGCUGUAAUCUCUACAGGAUCAAAUUCUUAAUUCUGUGGUUAUGCUGUGAAGAUCCUCUCGAGUAGUGGCUGAGGGGCUGUUUUUAUAAGCCUGUAAGCAUCAAAGAACCUAGAUGUCAGAGACCCUGACCGUAAUGAAUGACUAAAUUCAGAGCUUAGAUAUGUACUAGAGCUGGAUAAUCAACCUUAUGACGACAAGCACGUGACAUACAAACUCCUGGUACACCUUCAAACUGUUGCUGAAGAGUUGUAUGUUCUCUAAUGCUGGGUUUCCUAAAAGCACCAACAGCAAGUCUCAAGACUGAACAUCUUCGUGGAUCAAAACCUGUUGCACUGUAUAAAUGAUCUGCUCUGCUGUGGUUGUAUAGGUGUUGUCAUGUCAGCGUUCCCAAGCUAAGAUAAGUGCCUGAAGGCCAUGAUCGUUAGCUGAGAGGUGAGUAGCAGGAUGGACAGGUUUCACUGAACAACUAUCCUCUGUGGUGAUGGUGUAUUAAGUCUUUAUGGGGGAAAAUCACUGUGUAUCCCUGUGAUGUAUAUAUACUUUGUAAGCUCCUCAUGCAUCCUUAGUGCAUGGUCACGUGGUGAAGCUACCUUUUAUGAAGGGAUGGGGAAUGUAUGUGAGAGCUAUUUUUGGUUAGAGGUUUUAAGUCUGAAGUCUGUUUUAAAGUCAGAGGAAAACUAUGCUAUGUGUAGUGAACUGUAUCCUGUGUUUUAGGUUGUUUUGAUGUUUGAUUAUUUUUAGAGGACUGUGCAUUGAUGUCGCUUAAUAACAUUUCGAGACGAGAGUGGGCUAUCUUGUGAACUCUGGAUGUUCUUUCUCCUGUCAUACAUUUUUAAUGUUGACUGAUCAAAAAAUGAUUCUCCACACAUUUCAGUCGACUGACCAAAGAGACCACACAAGACCUAAUUGACCCCCCCCCCUUACCGUGAAAGUAUACUAUUAUUACAAAAAAACCUACCCUAAAGCCCUGGUCAUGUAAAGUCACUGUGCCCGACCCUGCUGGUAAUCCUCCAUUAGAUAAGAGUUUUAACACUCCUUCAGCACACACCAUUGUGCUCUGUCUCCGAGACUCCCAUCAGGUGCAGGAGAGGCUGAGUGAGCAGGAUUGGAGUGUCGGAUUAGAACACUGGAGCUCGGCUGGACUCUGGAGGGGGACAAAGCCCCUCCUGCCCCUGAUGGUGGAGAAUGUGCUUUUCAAAUGCCAGUCAAGAUGGACCCUUUGAUCAGCGCAUUGAGCAGCUGAGCACUUUAGAUGUGUCCAGGAGCCCCCAGUCCCCUUCCGAAUGCCCCAACCCCACCUCACCCAACCCUUCAAGUCCGAAGAUUCUGCACGCUGGGUGAAGAUUUAAACCUGUCUGUGAUUGUACCGCCACUGGCCACUUGAAUCUCUGAUGUCUUAUGAAGAAAAAAACUAUAUUAUUUGGUAGCAGCCUCCUGUCUGCCACUGUGUCUGUGUCAGUGGAGAUUGCUUGUUGAAAGGUUAUCUGUAGAAAUGUGUUAGUUUUACCUCUAGGUAUGCUUUGAGGACCUUGUGUAAUGUGUAAAUAUCACUUUGUUUUUGCAUACCACCAAUUUACACUAGUCACUUUUUGGAUAGUAGCGAACUUGAAGGAGAAGCCUAUAUUAAUAAUGAAGUAUUUUGGUCGUGAUUUGACUGAGGUUUGUAGCACGCUGGGCAAUGAUUUGUUUUCUAUUGUUAUUUUGCAUCACUCCAAAACAUAGAGAUCUGUUGACACACAAUUGCUGCCUUAGGAAAAAAAAUAAUUUUAGUAAUAAAAUGUCUUCAAGAAACUU